AUGGGAGAGAGAAACGAUGAUGGAGAUCAGAAAAUGGAGGAAGUAUUGUUGCCUGGAUUUAGGUUUCAUCCAACCGACGAAGAGCUCGUAAGCUUCUACUUGAAGCGGAAAGUUCAACACAAUCCUCUCUCCAUCGAGCUCAUAAGACAACUCGAUAUCUACAAAUACGACCCCUGGGAUCUUCCAAAGUUUGCGAUGACGGGUGAAAAAGAAUGGUAUUUUUAUUGUCCGAGGGACAGGAAGUAUCGGAACAGCUCGAGGCCAAACCGAGUGACUGGAGCUGGUUUCUGGAAAGCCACGGGAACGGACCGGCCAAUAUACUCAUCGGAGGGAAACAAAUGCAUAGGUUUAAAGAAGUCUUUAGUGUUCUACAAAGGAAGAGCUGCGAAAGGAGUUAAGACUGAUUGGAUGAUGCAUGAGUUUCGUUUGCCUUCUCUCUCCGAACCAUCUCCUCCUUCUAAGAGAUUCUUCGACUCUCCUGUCUCUCCCAACGUAAGCUUACAAUUAGCUCAGUAA